AACACUAAUAAUUUAAAUGACUUCAAAAUAUUUAUAAUUGCAAGUUGCAACAUCCUGUGUUUGAAAUGGCUGACAGUUUGAAGAGUUUUUUGUCAUUUAUUCAUGCUUCUUCGUCUCAUUUCUCGGCCAUGUUGACUGCUACGUUAAAAGUAUUGCUUCCUGUCUGUAUAACAUGUAAUAUAGUCAUUAUUAUCUCUCAUUAUUUUGCCUUGGGAACAAGAAAUCCUGUCAUGGCAGGUGGAAAAGGUAAACUGUCAAAGAUACUCAGAAUUUUAUCCACCAAAGUUGGCAGCUAUCAUCCAACUAUCUGGACUUUUGGGGGACAUCUUCAAACAAUAUGUGGAGACCUCUUUAGAGGGCGGCCUCAUGUUGAGUAUGUUAGAGAGGAUAUACCCACCCCAGAUGGAGGUGUUCUUCACCUGGACUGGAACUCUAACACUGAUGAUGAUAUGAAACUGGAGCAUGUCCGACAAGCAGAAGUUGAUGACAAAGAGACUGAUCAAUAUGAUGAAGAUUUGCUGGGAGGUAAAAACAAAGUACAGAACAUUGUGAUUAUAAUUCCUGGACUGACAGGCAGUUCACAAUCAGGAUAUGUUCUACAGUUUGUAGAUGAUGCUAUUAAUCUGGGUUAUCGUGCAGUUGUGUUGAAUCAUAGAGGUAUUACACAGUGUCCAGUAACGUAUCGCUUCUCGUGUGCAGCAAACAGUGACGACUUGCAGUUAGCAAUUGGACAUAUUCACAAACAAUACCCCAAUAGUCGUAUCUGUGCCAUUGGUGUUUCACUUGGUGGGAUCAUUGCAACUAAUUAUUUGAUCAAAAUGAGUUCAUCAAAACAGGAGUCUGGAUUACUUGCUGCAUUUGUCAUCUCUGUACCGUAUGAUUCAUUUAAGGCUUCAGCAUCCCUUGAGCGCCCUGUUCCCUGCUUUCUUUUCAAUCGAUUCCUAACAAGAAAACUACAAAGAAUGUUUGUCAGAAAUAAAAAGGCUUUGAACCAAAAUGGAAUUGAUGUUCCAGAAGAGCACUCAUCUGCUGCAGCGAAAGCUAAUACAAUCCGUGAAUUUGAUGCUGCAGUUAUUGCGCCAAUGUUUGGCUAUAAGGAUGUGGAUCAUUAUUACCAUGCAUCAUCAAUUGUUGAAAAACCAUUUGAGUGUAUCCAGACACCAUUGCUAUGUCUUAGUGCUGAUGAUGAUCCAUUUUCGCCUGCUGAGCAGGUGCCAACAGAAAGGAUGAAAAACUGUGACAAUGUUGCAUUACUGCUCACUCAUACAGGAGGUCAUGUUGGGUUUCUUGAAGGACUCCUUCCUAUAGGGCGUGGAUACAUGGAUAGAGUUUACAAGGAAUUUAUAAAGGCAGCAUUUGAUGAGUUGUAACAAUCAUUCUUGUAACAAUUAAUUGCUAAUCUACACAAUUUUGACCUAUUUGUCUCAAAUUAAUAAUAUAUUGCAAGUUAUUGCAAUGUUAAUCAUAUAUGACUAAUAUCAAUCAGCACUUUCUGUUAACAGUAAAAAUGGUCUAAGAUUUGUAACUAUAAGUUGUAAUAUCAUAUCAUUAAAUUUUUAUUUGAAGUUGUGUGAUUGA